GUGUGUGUGUGUGUGUGUGUGUGUGUGUGUGUGAGAGAGAAUCGUGGAAAAAGAACGAACAUUGCUCAUUAACUAGUAGUAGCUAGCUAUGUAAUGAUUCUGUGGCGAAAUUCUGAACUUGCCUUCAACUAAGUUAUGCAAGUAACGAACUAAUCCUCUGAAUAAACAAUUGACCGAAGAUUAAUUCAGUGUCAUGCUUGAUGCAGUGGAACUGUAAGUUUUGUAGUUUUUCCUCAACAAAUCAGCGCAAAGUUAUAAGGCAUUACAAAGUUCAGCAUGGAUUCAAUGGAACUACUUACCCAUUUCCCUGCAUAUACAAAGACUGUCCUUGCACCCUCAAGACCCAUGUAGCUUUAAAAAAACAUUUGGUUGCCCAGCAUGCCCGACAAAUUGACACUGAGCCUGUAAAUGCACAACUGUUAUGUAAACUGUGUGAUUUCUGUGAACCUUUCAACCUUACAAAAUACUUUGUUCAUUUAGGAAAGCAUAUUAAGGCUAAGGAAACAGUGAUUUGUCCUUUUAAACAGUGCUCUUUCAAAUCCAAUGUCUACAACACCUUUAAGGCUCACAAGAGCAGGUAUCACCAUGCAGCUAGUGUAGAUAAUGUAAGACCUGAUAUUAUUAAUUUUGGAAGUGAGGCCCAUGCUGUUGUUACUGACCAUGCACAUUUAGAGGAUGAUAUUGAGUUAGGCCUAAACACUGAUGAUGAUGAUGACUAUGAGGAAGAGGACAUUGAGGAAACUAUUAAGUAUAGUCUCGCUUCUUUAUUCUUACGAAUGCAGACAGUUUUGCAUGUCUCUAAAUCUGCAAUACAAGAUAUAGUUGAUGAACUUUACCAAAUAAGCCUUUUGGCACAAACCUUUACUAUAAGGUCAAUCAGACCCAUAUUAGAGCACCAUAACUGAAACUGUGAUGCCCCUCUUCUUGCUCAGGUGUCUGAUAUUGUUCAGAAAUCAAACCCUUUAAAAUUCCUGUCGAGAGAAAAUGAACUUGGCACAACUUACAAGAGAGCUACAUUCUACAAGGAAAAUUUCACUGUCAUUGAGCCAGUUGAGUAUGUACUAGAUGCUGCUCGACAGAGAACCUUUGUUUAUGUUCCAAUUUUACGUGUACUUACAGAGUUGCUAAACCGAAAUGAUGUACUUGAUAAAGUUCUACAACAUCAUAGCUCAGGUUCACAAACAAGCCAGUAUGGAUCAUUUUAUGACAGUUUGAAUCGAAAAGAGAAUGAAUUGCUGUCUGGUGAGGAAUUUCACAUUGCUCUUGGGUUGUUUAUUGAUGAUUUCGAGGUAUGUAACCCCUUAGGUACCGCCAAAAAUGACUACAAGGUUUGUGGUGUGUACUGGGUGAUUGUUAAUCUACCUUUUCAGUAUAGGUCCUCUCUUUCAUCUAUCUAUCUUGCAACAUUGUGUCAUAGGAAAGACAUCAUCACUUUUGGAUAUGAGAGGAUUCUUGAGCCUCUGAUCAAAGAUGUUGCGCUUCUUGAAAAUCAUGGACUUUUUGUUCAGAGACUAGGAGCAAGUGUAACUGGCACAAUAGUGUAUGUUUCCGCUGACAAUCUUGGUGCACAUUCACUAGCUGGCUUCCGGGAAUGUUUCAAUGGAGGCAAGUUCUGCAGGUUUUGCUUAGCUGAUCGUAAUGAUAUACAAAGUUGUCAAGUGAAAAGUGGAAAGUUUACACUCAGAACCCAAGAGUCCAUUGAUAACUGUGUGUCUGAACUGCAACAAAAUGAAUGUUUAAAAAGUGUUGAUGGUGUAAAGCGAGCUUGUCCAUUGGACAGAUUAUGUUAUUUUCAAACUGCAAAAGGAUUCCCUCCAGAUAUCUUGCAUGACUUGUUUGAGGGGAUAGUCCGGGAGGAGCUAGCUCUUUGUAUAAAUGAUUUCAUUUCAUGUAAGUUUUUCACGCUGGAAGAAUUGAAUAAUGCAAUUCAGACAUUUCCUUACAGAUUUGUUGAUAAACUUAACAACCCCAUAAAAUAACCAACAGUUCGCUUUUCAGAGGGACCAUUGGUGGCAACGGCCAUGAGAAUUGGACUCUGCUUCGGUUGCUACCACUCAUAAUCGGCCAUUUAGUCCCUGAACAUAACAAAGCUUGGGGCAUUCUCCUGGAAUUGAAAGACAUUGUUGAGAUCUUGUGUAGCCCCAAAUUUACAGAAGAAUCAUUGUGCUACUUGGAGUCCAAAAUAUCAGCCCAUAGGAGCUUACUCCUGGAGGUUUUUCCUGACUACAGGUUGAAACCGAAACACCAUUUCAUCGAGCAUUAUGCACACCUUAUCAGGUGCUUUGGCCCUUUAGUUGAUUUUUGGACAAUCCGGUUUGAAGCUAAACAUAGUUACUUCAAGAAGGUUGUGCGAGAUGUGAACAAUUUCAAGAACAUUCUGCUCACACUAUCCACACACCAUCAGCUUCUUCUUGCCUACCAUCUUAGAAUGCCAAGUGUUUUCAAACCUGACUUGGAGGUGGUGAAUCUCACAAAUAUUUCACCAGAACUUUUGGAGUUUUCUGUGAAGACCGCCAUUCAACAGAAAUACAACAGAGUGAAGUCUGUUGGUCUUACCUCAAGUGUGAUUUUACAUGGUACUAAAUAUUCUGAGGGCAUGGUUGUAUCUUUUGGACAUACAUGUGGACUUCCUGACUUUGCUAAAAUAGUCAAAAUACUGGUUGUGUCACAGAAGGUGUCAUUCAUUGUCAAAUGUUUCACAGCCUGGUUUAUUGACCACCUCAGAUGCUAUGAACUGUGCAGGAAUGAGACCUUGAACAUCUCCAUUGUAGACCCUCAGGAACUGAAUGACUACACUCCACUGUCAUUAUACACCAUCCAAGGACAACAUUACAUUUCUGCAAAAGCUUUUUUAGUUAAGUAAGGUAAGUAUUAAUUUCACAAGUCUCCUUUAUUGAUAACUAUUAGAGCUGUGAUCCUGUCAGGAUUCACACACGAUGUGUUGUCUGUCUACCAAUGUUAUUGUUUAUUCUUGGUUCUUCUGGCUGUUACACUGAUAAACUUGAACAAUUUGCUCUUGGGAGAUUAGUGCCGAUAUCAGUCAUAGUUUUGCCUGUUGAUGCAUAUUGAACAUGCUUAGUUUUAUAUUGAAACCUGUUUGUUUUGUCUCUCUGUGUCAUGACUCUAGGAACUAUGCUCUUUCGUGUAAUCCUUGCACCAGAUGACAUUAGAAGACUUCAAAUUGAAAGUUUUUCAUCGUUUUUCAUCGCCUCAGGAUUUUUAUUAUUUCAUCGCCUCAGGAUUUUUAUUAUUUCAUCGCCUCAGGAUUUUUAUUUGAUUCAGUCAGUACCCAGCAUGAAUAUUCCUCUACAGUAGAGACUGUUGAUCUAGAUCCUCCUAGCCAGUCUUUUAGUUUUAGUCCUAUCACUGCUUCAGAAGUAAUUAAAGCCCUCAAGCACUUGGACACAACUAAAUCUGCUGGUCCUGAUAAACUGGAUCCUUACUUUUUAAAGCUAGCAGGGAAUUUUAUAACCGUGCCCUUAACCAAUAUUUUUAAUCUGUGCUUGAACACAAAUGACAUCCCUCCCAUUUGGAAAUCUGCCUUUGUGGUUCCCAUGCUAAAAUGUGGUGACCCUUCGAUCUUAAAUAACUACAAAGCAAUCUCCAAACUGUGUGUCCUGGUCAAGGUUCUAGAAUCACUUGUUAGUGAUCAGCUAAAGAAUUUUUUUAAUAGUCAUAAUAUUUUAUCUGACUUCCAAUCUGGUUUUAGAAAAGGGCAUAGUACAACAUCAGCAGCUCUUAAGGUUUUAAACGAUUUUAUUGAAGCUACGGACAACAAGCAGCAUUGUGCAGCCCUUUUUAUUGACCUUUUGAAGGCAUUUGAUACAGUGGACCACACAGUACUUAAACAGAGACUGUAUAGGGCUGGGCUUUGUGAACAAACUGUUGGCUGGUUUGUUAACUACCUUACAGAUAGAACUCAGUGUGUGCAGGCGGUGGGUAGCACUUCUCGCUACCUAAAAAUAACAAAAGGUGUGCCUCAGGGGUCAGUCCUGGGGCCACUGUUAUUCAUCCUCUACAUCAAUAAUAUUGAUCAUAAUGUGUCUAACGUAAAAUUUCAUUUUUAUGCUGAUGACACUAUAAUGUACUGCUCAGCACCCACUGCAGACCAGGCCCUCUCUCAGCUACAACUUGCUUUCAACACGCUUCAACAUAAUCUCUAUGAUUUAAAACUUGUUUUAAAUGCAGAUAAAACUAAAGUCAUGCUUUUUUCAAAUUCAAAAUUUAAAUCAAAUCUGCCCUCAAUCCUCACUUCUCAAGGCACAAAAAUUGAAUGUCUAUCUAAGUACAGAUAUCUUGGUAUUUUAAUUGAUGAAUCUAUUUCUUUUACCCUUCAUAUUGAGCAGCUAGCUAAAAGAUUAAAACUUAAAUUAGGGUUUUAUUUCAGAAUCAAAUCCUGCCUCUCGUUCGAAUCUAGAAAGAGGCUGGUCAAUGCCACUUUUAUGUCUGUACUUGACUAUGGUGAUGUUUUAUACAUGCAUGCUUCCUCUAAAAGUUUACAUGCACUGGACACUGUACACCAUGGAGCUCUGAGGUUCAUCACUGGUAUGAAAGCCCUCACUCACCACUGUGAUCUAUAUGAACGUGUUGGAUGGCCUUCUUUAACAACACGGAGACUUCAACACUGGCAUACUCUCAUAUACAAGGCUAUUUUAGGUCUCCUUCCAUCCUACCUUCUGACCUAUAUCAAUGUAAACAGUACUGGGACUUACAAUCUUCGUUCCCAGGAUCUUUUCCUUAUGUCUGUUCCUAAGGUUAGAACUGAGCUGGGGAAAAAGGCAUUUAAGUUUGCUGCUCCCUCUGCAUGGAACAAGUUACAGAAAUCCCUGAAACUUACUAAACUGGUCUCAGUGGUCGCUUUUAAGAGGAUGUUGUUUGACUUGGAGGGAAUGACAUCUGGCUGUAGAUGUUUUACCUGAUGUGUUUAGUAUUCUGGUUGACUCUGAGGGAUUUGCUGUUUCAGUUGUUUUAUGUUCUUAGUGUUUUUGUGUAUUUUGUAUUGGCAUGUAUGUGUGGUUGUACUGCUGCCUGCCUUGGCCAGGACACUCUUGAAAAAGAGAUUUUUAAUCUCAACGAGUUUCUUCCUGGUUAAAUAAAGGUUAAAUAAAAAAUAAAAAGUGUUCCGGAAACACUUGAUGCAUUCAUCAACAUACUGAGGAGAGAACUAAGUUUGGAUGCAAUGCUGAUUGUGCAGUUUGAAGACCCAAAUUUCGGAAAUGAGUUGUGCAAUUUGACCAGCAUGUCCGACCUGCCAGAGGAGAGAGCUACUUUGAGGAUUUUCCAGAAGCAUGUCCCAGAGCCCUCAAAUGAACAAGAACCCUCGAAUGAUGACCAGAUCUCUGAUUCCACACUGGACACACUGGACACUGCUAGCUUGCCAUCAACCUCAUCUGGAGAUUCAACUCCCAGACGUAGUGGAUGUUUGCCAGAUCCCUUUGUCAUCCCAAAGUUUCCCACUGACAUAGAGUUGAAACUCAAGCGUGGCAAUGAUGCAUAUUUCAAAGAUGGCUCUCUCUUAGAAGUGCCUAGAUCUAUGUCUAGUGACAUUCUUGAUAGCUUGGCAGAGGCAAUAUUUGCCAUAAAGACCCACCCAACCCACGGAGAGUGUGCCAUUGUUGCAAAAGCAUUGGUGGACAAAUUUCCAUGCUUGAAAGAGGCUGGCUCAACAUGUGGGUGGUAUGCUUGGAGAUACAGCAUAUACUUUAAAGUGGAGCUCUCUGUGCAUAAAAGGGGGAGGUCAGCAUCAGCGGAUACCAGAAGACCAAAGAAGGCUAUGAGGUCAGAGGUGAAUUUUCUGCCUGAACCCCCUCAGAAUAGAAGCCUUGAAAUGCUUGAACAAGACAGACGCAAUUUAGAGAGUGAAAUGAUGAAAAGAAAUGUCGACUGGAAGAAAGUUGAUGCCCUUAUGGACAGCACCUUUUCUUUGAGGAGAAAGGAGAUCGUCGGGGAGGAGCCAUUGGUCAAGGAUCUCAAAGCCAGGUGGUCAGCUUUGUUCACACAGCGACAGAUUGAAGCAGAAUUCAGGCGGAUUGUCUCCAUGAACCUGAAGCAGCCAUUUCUUGACCGCCUAGAUGAGUUCGUCCCCAGAUUCCUGCGACUGUACAAACAGAGACUGGAGAAAGUGAAGGAACUUCAGCCUUUUGUUGAGUCUCUAGAUGAUGAUAACUCAAAUCAACAGAAGAGAGCAGUUGUUCUCCUUGGCCUGGCCCAUUUCCUGAAAGAGGAUCCCUCCCAAUUCUUCAAGAUUUGUAAGCCAAACGAAGAGAGUGAGGCAGUGAAAGGAAUGAACGUCGGAAUCUUGGUGGUUACAGAGGAGGAUCCUCAACGCCCUGUCCCCAAGGAGAUGAUUGAUAUUGCACUGAUUCUGGAGGAGCAUAUCGUUCUUCGGGACCUGAAGGAUGUGCCCAACGCAUUCGUCCUGCUGAUGGGUCUGCUCUACGUCUUCAACAUCCAUUACCCAAAAGGGCUCAAGUACAUGUUCGAGGUAAUACAAAAGGUGAUAAUGAACAUUGGUGGAGACCUUUGCUCUUCAAGAGUUAAUGGACUCCGGAACAAGCUCAUGUCCAAGAGCCUGUGAAACUAAAAAUUGCAGUGAUUAUCCUGUUGCUUUGUCAAGCAUUGCAUGUUCUGGAAAGCACACAGUUAUGUAUAUGUGCUGCUGAUGGAUAGAUGCACUAGACAGUCCUAAUAGCUGUUUUUUAUAUUACUCAA